GCACGCAGGCUGCGCGCUGCCUUGUUUGGGUCGUGAAACUACUCGAAAGUAAAACUAAACCAGCUAAAGUUAGCUAUCUAGCAUAGGCCUAACCUAACAGUUUACUUACAUUAGAUUGAUUCGAUGUUUUUUUUUUAAAUUUGAAAACCAAAGUAGCCACAGGAUACAUUUGUUUGCGUUUUGCCAGUAUCACCUUUAAGGAACGACGUCCAGUGUGUGUGUGUUACUGUACUGUACUCUGAACAACAGGGAAACUGAUUGACAACAUGUGUGUCUGUGACAAUCUGGUUUUGACUUGACAGAUGUGAUACAUCGAUAGCUAACAGAAGUAUUCCAAUCCUGUCAAGGUAAAGACAGCCAACGUAAGCUACGGAGAGAGCCAUGCUGAAGCAGACCCACGUCUGCGGGCCAUGGGAGAUGAAGGAGCGGCUGGGGACAGGGGGGUUUGGAGAUGUUUACAUGUACCAGCACCAGGAGACCGCAGAGAAAAUUGCUGUAAAACAGUGCCUCCUUGAGUUGAACUCAAAGCACAAAUGCCACUGGACCAGAGAAAUACAGAUUAUGAAGAAGUUGAGUCAUGUGAAUGUGGUGAGGGCCAGGGAGGUGCCAAAGGAGAUGAGUUGCAUCACUCUCAACGGCCUGCCCAUGUUGGCUAUGGAGUACUGCACCAAGGGAGACCUGCGCAAGCGGCUCAACAAGCCAGAGAACUACAGCGGACUGAAGGAGAGCGAGAUAGUCUCGCUCCUUAAUGACGUCGGGUCUGGCAUCAGGUACCUCCAUGAAAAUAAAAUCAUCCAUAGAGAUUUGAAGCCAGAGAACAUCGUACUACAGGAGACCAAUGGGAAGAUUGUACACAAGAUCAUCGAUCUGGGUUAUGCCAAAGACCUGGAUCAGGGAAGUCUCUGUACUUCCUUUGUUGGGACUCUGCAGUACCUGGCCCCUGAGCUGUUUGAAGAGAAGCCCUACUCAUUUACAGUGGACUACUGGAGUUUCGGAAUCAUCCUCUUUGAGUGCACAUGUGGCUUUCGGCCUUUUUUGCACCACUCAAACCCUGUACAGUGUAUUGGGAAGGUGAAGAACAAAGGUGCUGACGACAUCAUGGCGGUUGAGGAUAUGAACGGAGAAGUCAAAUUCUCAACACACCUGCCCUACCCCAACAACCUGAGCAAGGCUUUGUUGGAGCCGGUGGAGCGUCUCCUGAGGAUGCUGCUGUUGUGGGACCCAGCUGAAAGGGGUGGAGGGCUGGACCCAGACACACACCAGCACGUCUGCUACACUGCUCUGCAGAACAUUCUGGAGAUGAAGGUGAUCCAUGUGCUGGACAUGUCAUCAACCCAGCUGCACUCCCUGGUGCUGGGGAGUGAGGAGGGCCUGCACUCCCUCCAGCUGCGCUUGGAGACCCACACUCAAACACACAUCCCCUCCCUCAGCCAGGAGCUGCUGCUGGAUACUGGAGUCUCACUGGACCCCCGACCAUCGCCCGUCUACUGCCUCCCUGAUGGACCGCGAGGGUGGGACAACUGCUUAGUGUACCUGUUUGACAAGAGCCUGACGAAGUACACCGGCCCUUUCACUCCUAGACCUGUCCCUGACAGCGUCAACUUCAUCGUGAGGGAGACUAAGACCCAGCUGCCCCUGACGGCCCUCCGGAAGGUGUGGAGGGAUGCGGUCAGCUACAUCUGUGGCCUCAGGGAAGACUACGCCCGCCUGUACCAGGGACAGAGGGCUGCCAUGUUGAGUGUGCUGCGUUACAACACCAACCUGACCAGGUAUAAGAACCUCCUGUUCUCCCAGUCCCAGCAGCUUCGAGCCAAGCUGACCUUCUUCAGGUGCAGCAUUCAGCACGAUCUGGAGCUGUACUCCCAGCAGAGAGACACUGGCAUCUCCUCAGAGAAGAUGCUCAAGGCCUGGGAGGACAACCAAGAGAAGGCAAUGGAGUUUGGACAGGCAGCGGAGGUGAGCUAUCUUGAUGAGGAAAUUGUGUCUCUCCAUCAUGAGAUUUGGGAGCUGGAAAGGAGUCCCUUUGCCAGGAAACAAGAAGACUUCAUGGAACAGAUAAUGGAGACGGCCAUUGGCCUCUAUAAGAAGUUGACCCUCAAAUGCAAAAGUGCUGACCCCCCUCAUGGCUACAGUGACAGCUCCGACAUGGUGAAGGCCAUCAUUCAGACCAUUCAGAACCACGAUCGAGUCCUGAGAGACCUCUACACCCAUCUCGGUAAGACCGCGCUGUGUAAGCGGCAUAUGGUGGAUCUGUUUCCCAAGCUGGACGUGGCCGUGGAGGGCAUAAAGGCGGCGGAGAUUGCGGUCACGCAGAUGCAGUUGAAGAGACAGCGAGAGUUCUGGCACCUUCUCAAGAUUGCCUGUGACUGUGCCCUGAGCACCUGUCCCAGCUCUCUGCCCCCCCUCACCAAGGCGCGCAGCCUCCCACAGUCCUCCACACUGCAUGUGUACCAGCCUCCGACCAAAGACGGCCUACCUCCUCCCAACACGUUCCUGCCGGGGGCCAACGACCAUGAGCCAGUUUGCCACCUGUUAGAGGAGAACCAACAAUACCUGAGCCAGCUGACGUCGCUCAUGCAGAAGACCGCUCAGCACAUGGAGCACAGCGUCAUGGAGCAGGACUGGAGCUGGACCCAGUAUGGAUCAGGGAUGUAUGCUUCACUUCAGUGGUUUGAGAGCCAGCAAAGCCCCGGCUCUGUGAAGGCCACUACCUCCCUCCCAUAAGCCCUCGGGUGAACGUGGACUUUUCAAACAAGUGCUUAUUUGGAAGGAACUAUGGCUAGAUUAUGUCUGUAUGCAUCGCACAUAUUUCAACACAGACUGGAUGUCUGCAUAGUUGCACGACAGAAGCAGAGUAAUCUAAUGACGCAAUGUAAAAAAAUGUGUCAACAUUGUGAAGAAAGCCAUAAUAUGUGUCUGUGAGCACAUAACAUGCAUUUUACAGACACCAUUAGGAUGAUGCCUUUGUAAAGUUGAAAUACUAUCUUGUAAGACAAUGAAGUUAAUUGAGAUAUGAUGCAACCACAUAAUUUAUUCUUAUUUCAUUGCAGGAUAUGACGAGUUUACAUUUGUGUGUUUGUAUGUGAUUGAUAAAGUUUUAAAGAAGA